AAGUGACUCACGGUUGACCACCACUAAUAGGCCGGCGAAAAAAAUUUGUCUGCAAUUAUUUUCCGUGUGUGUAGUUUCAUCCAAGUGGGCCACCGAAUGCAGCCAUGACCAAACCGACGCGCGCACACUGUUGCCUGGUCCUGCUGGCGCUCCUCGUCGCCCCGUUCGUGGUGCUCGGUCAGGAUAUGCCCAGGGAGCCGGACUACAUGAAGCGGGAGCACAGUUUGGUGCGUCCAUUCCAAGGCGUAGGCGUGAUCCUGCCACACUGGGACUUCCUGGGUAACACGAUGGUGACCAGCAACUAUAUAAGACUGACGCCGGACUUGCAGUCCAAGAGCGGUGCACUUUGGAACUACUCGCCCGUGAUGACUCGCAAUUGGGAGGUGCACGUUGGCUUCAAGGUGCACGGCAAGGGAACUGAACUGUUCGGCGACGGAUUUGCCAUUUGGUACACAAAGGAGCGCAUGCAAACCGGGCCGGUCUUUGGCAGCAAGGAUCACUUCUCCGGACUGGCCAUCAUUCUGGACACCUAUAGCAAUCACAAUGGUCCACACAACCACCAACAUCCAUAUCUCAGCGCCAUGGUGAACAAUGGCAGCUGGAGCUACGACCACGAUCGCGAUGGAACGCACACUCAGCUGGCCGGCUGCGAAGUUCGUUUCCGCAAUGUGGAGUACGAGACGCUGGUUAGCAUUCGAUACGAAAACGACAUUCUGUCGGUGUCCACAGAUCUGGAGAACCGCAACGAAUGGAAGAACUGCUUUGUAGUGGCCAACGUUGAGCUACCCACGGGCUACCACUUCGGCAUGUCUGCGACGACGGGUGAUCUGUCCGAUAAUCACGAUAUCCACAGUUUCAAGUUCUAUGACCUGGACUUGAACGUAAAUCACGAUGAGAUUAUCCGGCGCUCCAAUAUCAUACCGAAUGCCAAGACUUUCGAGCCCCCGCGCGAGCACAAAGAAGAUCCCAAGCCGGGAAUGUCCAACGCCAAGAUCUUCUUCAUCCUUCUCUUCGUGGUUGUCGUGGCGGCUGCAGUGGCCAUCUUCGCCAUCUCCUACUUCAAGGAUCGCAACGCGCGAAAACGUUUCUACUGAGCUUUCUAGCUAGUUCAUCAUAGUAGCAUCAUGUUAGGAGUUUCCCGGACCUCAGUUGAUCGCAACUUUUAUUUAUAUCUAUACCGCGACUGUAUCCCAUUUCUUAUCACCCUUUUUAGUUUCCUUAAUUGUUUAGUGAGAGGGUAAAUAAUAUUACACGUGUUGGAGAGUUAAAUUUAAGUGCAAAUUUUUAAUCUGAACUAUAGGAAAAUUGAGACCGUGAGAAUAUUAUUGCGUAGACAAGAUUAAAAGCCACUAAACAAA